AUGGCUGGUAAAGGAGAAAGUCCGGCGAUCAGAAUCGAUCUUGGAACCACGUACUCUUGCGUCGAUGUGUGGCAACAUGAUCGAGUUGAGAUCAUUGCCAACGAUCAGGGCAACAGGACGACGUCGUCGUAUGUUGCUUUCACCGACUCUGAGCGCUUGAUCGGUGAUGCAGCUAAGAAUCAGGUCGCCAUGAACCCGAUUAACACCGUUUUUGAUGCUAAGCGUUUAAUUUGCCAAAGAUUUAGCGAUCCAUCGGUCCAUAGUGAUAUCAAGCUCUGGCUGUUUAAAGUUAUUGCCGGUCCUAGCGAUAAGCCAAUGAUUGUUGUAAACUACAAGGGUGAAGAGAAGCAGUUCUCUGCUGAAGAAAUCUCUUCUAUGGUGCUCAUAAAGAUGAAGGAGAUUGCUGAGGCGUAUCUCGACACAACAGUGAAGAAUGUCAUCGUCACUAUCCCGACUUACUUCAACGAUUCUCAGAGACAGGCCACCAAGGAUGCUGGUGUCAUUUCCGGCCUAAAUGUGAUGCGUAUUAUCAAUGAACCAACAGCUGCCGCCAUUGCUUAUGGUCUUGACAAGAAGUCGAGCAGCUCUAACACAAAUAAUUGUUAA